GCUGAAGUGAUUGAUGAGGACCGAUCCCACUCUAAGAAUUUCCUAUGGUCAAUUGCCGUGUGUGGCCUGAUCCUCUGGGUGAUUUGUCACCCACCAAAGGCGCACUAAUAGGACGCAAUAACCGCUUAUUAUCCGUCUGAGUCUAAUAGGCUUCUGUAGGGUGCUGGACUAUCGGAGUAAAAAGAGAGCAGGUUUGGAUGCAGGGGAAUCUCGACUGCUGCGGAUGAAAUGCUCACGCUACCGCGAUUGAAGAAGAAUAAUCGUGUCUGUUUCUGAAAAGGCUGCUCGAUUUCAUCCUGAAAAAGAGAAGCCACUGUUUUUUGGCCAGUUCAGGGCGCAAAUGUGUUCACAUCACAGACUCACCACUGGAUUGUAGGAGCUGCCCCACCGAUGGUUUAAAAGGGCGUUAAGGUGCGGGAAGGGAGUGGGACAAUUACAGGAUGAGUGAGCGAUACAUGCAGAUUGGAAGUAAAGGGGUUGUACUUGUUAUGGUGCUUGUGAUCAGUGUCUGGGAGAUGACCAUACCAACAGAGGGAACUAAAGCAUUGCACCAUGUCCGGACAGGAACCUGCGAGGUGGUGGCAUUGCAUCGCUGCUGCAACAAGAACAAAAUUGAGGAACGGUCACAAACUGUGAAGUGCUCUUGCUUUCCUGGACAAGUGGCUGGCACCACCAGAGCUUCCCCUUCAUGUGUAGAUGCCUUAAUAGUGGAGCAGAAGUGGUGGUGUCAGAUGCAUCCGUGUCUUGAUGGGGAGGAAUGCAAAGUUCUUCCUGAUCUGAAAGGCUGGAGCUGUGCUGUAGGGAACAAGAUCAAAACUACUAAGAUUUCUGCAGACAGAGACCAGCUUUGGUAACAUCAGAUGCUUCCCAGUGGAGUACAGGUGAAUCAACAGUUCUGGUCUUUGUCAUCAGAGGAGAAGAGAGUAAUGCAAAGGCUCUUUCUGUAAAUAGAGACUUCCUUUCUUCUGGAAUGCAAUUAAUAUUUGGAAAACUCUGAAUACUUCUUCUUGAGCUCUAUGGACAUCAAGAAGAGGAGUAGAUCCUAAUAAAAAUACUGAUCAUUCAACACUUCUUUUUGAAGGACUCCAUAUAAUUAGUCUUACCAGACACAAGGAUUUAUUCUCUGACAUUGUACUGCUUGUAAUGGAAUACAAUGGUGAACUUUGUCUACAUGUUAAAUUGUAGAGUAUUAUGUUCUUUACAGGGGGUUUUGCAUCACAAGUUGACCAGGGUGAACAGCAGGUCAGUAUGUUAUAAAUAGUGACAAAUAUUCAUACAAAUGUGAUUUUGUUUUAUCAGUCAAUUGGGACUUUCAUCUCUGACAGUGUCGUUUCAAAGGUUCAAAUAUAGAUGAAAACGUGGCUAGGCAGCAGCUAUUCAGGGUGAUUUUCAAAAAAAUAAAAAACCACAUGCAUCAACAUAUCAUUCAUACUUUAAGGACUGCUGAAGUACAUAAGUGCUGUAAAAGGUAUAAAUUGAUCAAACUACCAGCUAUUAAAAGACAGAGAGUUGGAUCCAGUCGUGGUGUAUUUUCCCUCUGAAAAUCACUCUCUCAUUUCCUGGGACUUUUGCCAGAUUGUGUAUUUGUGUCACAGCUCUGGAGUUCAGAUUCUAGACAACAGCAGUGUAAAUCAAAACACACAGAAUCUGGUAAGGGGCUGGGUGAUAACAACGACGUUCACAAAACUGUUUUCAACUAGUUACUCAAGUAUGAUUUGCUGAUCGACCUUUCAGUAGGUAUCACUAACACUUCUGUUUUCUGUAUAAGUGAUGACAUCAGUAAUAAACUAUGGUUGUGUAACUACAGCCUUCUGUCUUUAAAGAAUCUGCGAACAAUGACUAGUUUUUAACUAUAAAAGCAGUAUGGCUCAAUGGAUGGCAUGCCAUUAUUAUACAUUGCCCAAAAUAUGCUGUCAGUGGUAGAAUAAACAGACAGCUGAUGUAUGUUGGACCAGCAGCUGUUGUAAUAUCAGUGGGGCUGGCUAUAGUUGUGGAAACAAUUAGGUUGAAGGCUAAUUAUGGUCUGCAGUUCUUCUCCUCCUCUGCAUAUUUGACAACACUCAUUCAUGUCUUUUAAUCAGAGUAACAUAUACAAGUUAUUUGAAAAAUAUCAGUCCUUAUUUAUCCAACAGAAAAAAAAAGAAAUGACACAGCCCUUACAUUCUUAAACAGAGUAGUAUUUAGAAAAACGUCAAAGUUAACAUUAAAUCCCAGCACCUCAUCAAAAGACUCAAAAAAAUUAAUGAAGGUAUACACACAAGUAUGGAUGAUUUUGAAGAGGUGUGUAUGUGAACUUGUUUUAAAAUCAUUCUCACUUACAUAUUUUAUUUCUUUGUGGCAUAUAGGAUAGAUCAUUUUGUGCCGUCACUGAUUAUAUUGAUAUGCUCCUAUGCCUUUAAGCCACAACUGCAAUUAUUUAAAAAUAUGAUUGGCAAAACAGGAAAUACACUGUAAUAGUCCUUUUCACAUGACAGUAAAAAUAUUUUGACAGAGAGUUUGAAAUUUUCCUUUUAACAAAAAUGUCCUGACAGAACUGAUGGAGCUCAGUACUCAUCCUGAGGAC